CAUCAGUUUGCAAAACAUGAAAGUUCUCGUAGUGUUGACCGUAUUGGCAGUAGCUUGUGCCGCCUUAGAGGUGCCACGAAAGGCAGUUUAUCUAAAGGACUUGAAGCAAGAGCAGCGCAGCAUUGAGGGACGCAUCACAAAUGGUAACCAUGCAACCGAAGGUCAAGUGCCCUAUAUAGUGGGCAUCAGCUUGAACAGCAAUGGCAAUUGGUGGUGGUGCGGUGGUUCCAUUAUUGGUCACACUUGGGUCUUAACUGCCGCCCAUUGCACAGUAGAGGCUGAUGAGGCUUCACUGUACUACGGUGCAAUCAACUACGAACAGCCUGCCUUCAGACAUGGUGUAACCAAAAAUGAUUUCAUAAUACAUCCUGAAUAUCGUGGCCUCACCCAUGAUAUCGCUCUGAUCAAAACCCCUCACGUGGACUUCUAUAGCUUGGUCAACAAGGUGGAACUGCCAAGUCUCAAUGAUCGUUACAAUAGCUACGAGAAUUCUUGGGCUUCGGCCGCUGGUUGGGGUGCCAUCUACGAUGGUAGCAAUGUGGUAGAAGAUCUGAGCAUUGUCGAACUACAGGUGAUAUCGGUUGGCGAUUGCCAGGCGUAUUAUGGAACCCAAACUGCUGAUCAGGAUGUCAUCUGUGUGAGCACUCCCGACGGCAAGUCCACUUGCCAGGGUGACUCUGGCGGUCCAUUGGUCUCAAACGAUGGCAGUAAACUCAUUGGUGUGACAUCUUUCGUCUCGAGCUAUGGCUGCCAAUCGGGAGGACCUGCUGGCUUUACCCGUGUUACCAGCUAUCUGGAAUGGAUCAAGGACGAAACUGACAUUUACUACUAAAAUUUGUUCUCAUGAAAUAAAUUGGAUCGUGUUCGAAUAUCUAAAA